GUCCGAAAUAAAUCUGAUAGCAUCAACACUAUGGGGUUAGAGAUUGACCCCAAGUGGUCAAUUUCUGGUAUCAGAUCACAGGGUUUUGUUUACAAUGGUCGUGUAGUUACAACAUACCUGCACAAACAAAGGUAUUCUUUCACUGAAAUGGAAUGUACAUGGCUGUGCUUUUUAAUCCUCCUGAUUUUAAACUUGUUGGAAUAUUUGGAAAGCUCGGAGAACUUGUCUCGGAGAGGUUCUGCAGUGACGUCACAAAGCAGUAACUAUAUAGAGAAUAAAUUCCUUGCGUACAACGCAGUUGAUGGCAACAAAAGCACAUUUUCCUUGACGGCUCGUCAUCAAGAGGAAGCGUGGCUUCAGGUCGAUCUUGGUUUUACAGCUCGUAUACAGGAAGUCGAAUUAUUACACCGGUAUGACGUCACGUUCUAUCGCCCACUGAGGUUCCACAUCAUCGUAUCCAAUGUCUCCAACUUCCGGUUUGGAACUUCCUGUCUCUUUGAUACAGUAAAUAUUAUCCCGAAUCCUGUCACCAUACCAUGCGUUCUGACAGGAAGAUAUGUGACAGUCUACAACAAUAAGUCGACUCCGGUAGGUGUCGUCACCUCCGAGGCGUUUGUAGAACUGAUAGAGUUUCGAGUUUCCGGCUGUGAGGAAAACAGAUUUGGUCAUAAUUCUUGUCUAGAAAAUUGCCAUUGCGCAUUUGGCGGCUGUAACUCUGACAAUGGUGUGUGUGACGUACCCGGAUGUACAGCUGGUUACAAAGGACCAACAUGCAGCCAGGGCUGUGACAGUAAUUCCUAUGGCCCGGACUGUAACCACACGUGCCACUGCUUGACCCCUGGAUGUGAACUUGUUAUCGGAUUGUGUAACAAACCCGGAUGUGAAAUUGGCUACGUUGGUCCAGCAUGUGAUAUGGCUUGCAUGGAAACCUACUUUGGAGAGAACUGUAAACAGACAUGCCACUGUGAGGUGCCGGGGUGUCACCGUGUCACUGGAAUCUGCUACACGCCCGGAUGUAAAAUGGGUUAUACUGGGCAGACCUGCAGUGAUGGAUGUGAGCGUCACCGAUUUGGACGUAACUGUGAAAACACGUGUCACUGUGCUACUACCGGAUGUGAUGACGGUACGGGAGUCUGUGGUGAAGCAGGCUGUAUACACGGAUACACUGGGAAAUCGUGUAACAAAUCUGCCCUUGAGAACGGCUCACCUCAGCAAUCCCGGAUAACGUUUGAGUUCAUCAUCAUCGUCAUGGGAAUGUGUCUUGCUAUCUUUCUCAUUAUCAUCCUGUGUAUAACCGUCUGUGUCAGGAGAAGGAAGAAACGCCCUCCGUACGAUCAGUACGCCAGAACCACGAUGGCCUACCCAGCUUUCCAACAACAACACAGAUACACGGAAACGUGAAACAUCGAAAAAUCAGAAUGGAGCAUUAUGUCGAGAUCAUCACAUCAAUGAAAAUGUGGCAUGCCUAUACUCUUAUAGACCAGGCAAUUUCCCAGGCAAUGCUGCCAAUAAAGAUCCAGUCUGUAUUUGCUAAGUGCUACAUGCAUUACAUGGUUAUUUUCCGCGUUUCAAGACCUUUGGAACUGAAUUCUUCUGGAUAGUAAAUAGAGAUGACGCAUUGAAAGUCACGUAAUACCACCAAGAUUAUUUACUUCAUUUCAGCACGAGACAACUUUGUGUAUCCGUUAACACUUUAACCUUGUAAUAUCACUCAAAAUUGACAAGUGCUAUAUAAAACAGAAUUAUUUUACGAGAAUCACAAGUACUAGAAUAGCUGUGAGGGCAUCGCUUCCACCUGGUGUAUCUUCAAUACCCUGUUCAUUGGGGGUUUGAUACUCGUUGAUCAUUCGUCUUAUUAAGUUAACUGGGUGCAAACAUCCCUUCAAGUACAAAGAUAACAUGCCUAUAUCAAAGUAUUUGUAGUUGAUACAGGAAACGGCAGAAUUCAUUAGAUAUUAUAUUGCCAUUCAAUUUUAGAGCAAACAAAUGUUAUUGAGUUUUGUCAAAGGGUUUAAGCAUCAGCUUAUACUAAUUUAGACCUUUCCAAGUGUUAUGACAUAAUUUUUUAGUAGUUUGUAUUAAUAGUCAGUCUAAUAAAAAUACAGAUACUCGAUAUACAGUACGCAUGGACACGAUUAUUGUUGAGUGAGGGCAUUUUAUGGAUGGAUUAGUAACCAUAUAUAAUAUGGGAGACAACUCCAGUGUAACUUGAUUUAUACGCCAGUCAAAUGACGCGAGUAUUAUUGUAUGACGUCCUAAAAUAAAUAAAUAUUAUUGACAAUAAUUGAUAUUUUCUAUAUAUGUAUAUAUAUACUUACCGGACACUGAGAACAAGAAAAAUUAGAAUUUUACAUUAAACCUGUUGGGUAUACAUGUUCAGAUAUAUUUUCAGGGGGUUCAAAUUACAGCAAUAUUUUCGACAGUAAUAGGGUCGCUACAAAAGUAGCAAUCAUCUUGUACGAAAGGUACCGUAUACAUUGCAUAGCUUGCUACCAUUAACAUAUGGUUUCCAUGGUCUUCAGUUAUACCCAUUUGUGUUCAUUUCUUUUGUAUUUGAAUUAUUCUACAAAUUUUAUAAUAUGUACAAUGUAAAUUAAAAACUAAAAUCAAAUAUUGUGU